CAGCGGGAUUGUUCUAGAGCAUCAUUUGAAGAUCUGCCCAUCCGUGCGCUGUAAGGUUUACUCUUCAUUGUCAAGAUGCCCGAGCAAGAGGUAAGCGAGAAAAGCCAGCUUCCCAAAAAAAAGUCCAAGAUCACUGCAUCGCGCAAGCUGAUGCUAAAGAGUCUUAUGGUAGCUAGAGCAAAAGAAGAGUUGGAGCAGGAGCUGGCAGAUAAACAAGAGGAGAAAGAAAAAUAUUUAUAUGAGAAAGCACCUCCGCUACAGACCAGUGGAAUGUCUUUUGCUGAACUUCAGGAGCUGUGUCGAGAAUUACACGUUAAAAUCGACGUUGUGGACGAAGAACGCUACGACAUUGAGGCAAAAGUGCUUCACAACACGAGAGAGAUCAAGGAUCUGAACAUCAAAGUUCUGGACCUAAGAGGUAAAUUUAAGCGGCCUACCCUAAGAAGGGUGAGGGUCUCUGCAGACGCCAUCCUGAGAUCUCUGCUUGGCUCCAAACAUAAGGUGUCCAUGGAUCUGAGAGCGAACCUCAAGUCUGUUAAAAAGGAAGACACAGAGAAGGAAAAGACAGUGGAGGUCAGCGACUGGAGGAAAAAUGUUGAGGCCAUGUCUGGGAUGGAGGGAAGGAAGAAAAUGUUUGAUGCAGCUCAGUAAACAAGUCAGUGCAAUCACUUCUGUAAUUCAAGAUGGGCCGAAGAUCAAGAAGUGAUGAAGAAGAGAUAUCUUAUAUUUUGUUAAUGAAUUUCAAAGUCAUAUAAAAGUGUAGAAAUUAAGCAUGAGUAUUUUUUACGUCAAAUUUUUAGCAAUAUUUCAGAAGGACGACUCACACGUGACAUGGUAUAAUUCAUAAACAAAUAUGACUCAUUUAUCUAUAAUUAUUACAAAUGCUGUUUUUAUGACAUCGGUCACUGAGAGACUAUGUAAAACAUUUGCAACUUUCAUCUGUCAUACAAUAGAUUUAAACUAACUAAAAAGCCUUAAUGUAAAAUUUGUAGAAGACCCCAUCGAAAACUAAAUAUAAAUGCAUUUUAAUUUGUUUUACUAAUUGGAUUUCAUUAAUUAUACAUUUUAUCCUGAAAUCUUAAUGUUGCAAAAAUCCAAAACCAAAGAAUAAUUAUAGGUCAAGUGAAAAGUGUCAUCAACAUCAUAAUGUAAAUAAAAUAUAAUUAUCAUCUGAA